UUUAUUGUACAAAUUGCUGGAGCUUUAAGUUAUAUUCACCAAAAACACAUUAUUCAUCGAGAUAUAAAACCAGAAAACUUGUUGAUUAAUUUGGAUGCUGAGAUCAAAAUUGCAGAUUUUGGCUGGUCUGUACAUUCAAGUCAAAGACAAAAAACAUUUUGUGAUAUAUUGGAUUAUAUUCUACCAGAAAUGGUUGAAGGCAAAGAACAUGAUGAAAAGAUUGAUCUUUGGUCACUUGGUGUUUUGUGCUAUGAACUCUUGACUGGUACCACAUCAUUUGAAGAAUUUAGUCAUACCAAAACAUUUAAACAAAUAGCAAAUGUUGAUUUCACACUUCCUGAUCAUUUGUCAUUUGAGGCUUGUGACUUGAUUAGUUCGGUAACUAUCCUUUAA